UUAAAAAUAGUACACUUCAUCACAGCAGCAACCGGUACAGCGGCAGCAGCGGCCGCUUACGGAGGGUGUCAAGCAUGCUUCGCUACGGAAAUAAAUAACGGGACCGGGACGGUGUUAUUUUAACCAAAAAAGAAGAGGAAACACGGCGAAAAGAGGAAGCGGAUAUUUCACAAACGAAGAUUAAGUCCUCACGUUUCAGUGUUGAUGUUGGUUUUUGGCCACGAAUACCUGCCGAAAACAGUCCCGACAACCUUUAUUGAGGCUCCUCUGUCCUGUGUGACCCCCUGACACAGAGAGGAUGGUGAUGGAGGAGGGGGGGCAGAGAGACAGAGGGAGGGGGACUACAGCGACAGCAGAAACAGAGGGGAGACAAAUCUUCACAGAGCUUGCGGAGCAGAACUUGGAUGCCAUUUGUCUCUCUACAUAUCGAACAGCCUGCAAGCUCAGAUUCAUACAGAAGAGAUGCAACUUGCAUCUGAUAGACAUAUACAAUGUGAUUGAGGCGGUGCGGGACGCCGGUCUGAACGCCGUAGAGCUGAACGCCGGCAUCUCUGUGACAAGACUGGAAAACUUGGUGUCCUCCCUUUUCAACCAGCUGAGCAAGCGCCUGCCCACCACACACACCAUCAACCCGCGAGAGAGCACUGUCCUGUUGGUCGAAUUCCUACUGGCCGCCAUUGACAGUGAGCCUGACAGUCGUCUGACGGUGCUCUCUGUGAAAUCGAUGCUGUCCACACUAUGUGGAGGGAAACUGGUAGAUAAGCUCCGCUAUGUGUUUUCUCAGGUGUCUGACCCUGGCGGCGUGUUGGUACAAUCCAAGUUUGAUGCUUUUCUGAGGGAGGCUCUCAAGCUGCCCACUGCUGUGCAUGAAGGACCGUCCUUUGGCUACACACACACCUUAGCACGCUCAUGCUUCCCACAACAGAAGAGGGUAAUGCUCAACAUGUUCCUGGACAUCAUAGCUGACCCUCCUCAGUGUCUUGUCUGGCUGCCUCUCAUGCAUCGCAUGGCCAACGUUGAGCACGUCUGUCAUCCCGUGUCAUGCUCCUACUGUCGUGGCAACGGCAUGACAGGCUUCCGCUAUCGCUGCCUCCGUUGCCGUGGUUACCAGCUCUGCCAGAACUGCUUCUGGCGCGGCAAUGCCAGCGGCUCUCAUAGCAACCAGCAUCAGAUGAAGGAGCACUCAUCGUGGAAGUCGCCGGCGUCAAAGCUUGGCCGAGCCCUGGGCAGGACUCUGGGCUGUGUGUCAUCCAGAGAGCCCCCUCAUCCUAUUUUCCCAGAGGAACCUGUGAGGACCCUCAACCUCUCCAACAUAGUCCCCCCUCGCCCCAUUGGGAACACCAGUGAGGCCAUGAUGCUGUCCUCAUCAGUGCCCGAGUCCUCCAAGAGUUUGUCAGCCGCUCAGCGUAUGAACGAGGAACACGCUCUGAUCGCUGCGUAUGUGAAUCGCCUCCAGACCAGCCCAAGCAGCGUGGACAGUCCCAGAAGAGAAGAUGAGGAGCACAAACUGAUCGCCCGCUACACCUCCCGACUGGCAGAGACUGACGGCACACCGGUGAUACCUAACCGGAGCAUCAACUUUGAUGUGAACAAACAGAAGAGGGAGCUCAUAGCUCAGCUCGAGUGUAAAAACAGAGAGAUCUUGGCAGAGAUCAAACGUCUCCGCGUAGAGCACGACGCAGCGUGCCAGGCCAGCCCAGAGAAAGGCAGCACCAACCCGACUCUGCUGGCCGAGCUUCGUCUGCUCAGACAAAGGAAAGAUGAGCUGGAGCAGAGGAUGUCAUCUCUGCAAGAGAGCAGGAGGGAACUGAUGGUGCAACUGGAGGGACUGAUGAAGCUGCUCAAGGAUGAGGAACAGCGACAGGCAGCACAGGCGGCCGGCUCUUCUCACGCCUCUCCUGCUCGACCAAGCCCAUCAGCCGUCCGCUCUGUAGGCGCUUCACCUCCCCAGGCUCACAUGUACUCUCCUCAAGAUUCACUCGCCGGGGUGGGUGGUGACGUGCAAGAGGCAUUCGCCCAAGGUCCGAGAAGGAACCUGAGGAAUGACCUUCUGGUAGCAGCUGACUCCAUCACCAACACUGUGUCCUCACUGGUCAAAGAGCUCCACUCUGAUGAUGUUCGGGAGGAAGAGGAAAGAUUGCUGAACGGGAAGGACAGAGCAGGUUAAAAUGAUCGCAGGGCAAACAACAACAGCAGAGUGAUGUUUCAUCACGGCCAAAGAAGACUGACCCUGCUGGGAUUCAAAUAUAACUUCUCGUAUUCAUCGUUAGCCGGUGGGCAUUAGAGCUCCACUGCCAAUCAACCAAUCACGAUGCUGGACACCAAACGACCACUGGGUCCCUACUGAUGUAUAGCUGUGAUUCUCUGUGUGUGUGCGUGUCUUGUCACUGUGGAUUUUUGUUUUUGAUUUGAUUAUGCAUAGCUAAACGAGGAAUCUGAAACCUACUGAUUUGUACUGUAGCGCGUGUGUGUGUGCGCUCUGUAUUUUCGAGGGUCGCGUAAGUGAGAGGGGCACCGUGAAGAGACAGAAAGAUGUGUUAAGGAAAUUUGUGAAGGAUAAAAAGCGGAGGAAAGUGUCAUGAUGGACAUACAGCAUGUAACAAGUGGAAAAAAACAAUAGGAAGUCAAAAAGACGAAAAGUGAGUUGUAAUGUUUUAAGUUUCAGCACUGUGUGCUUAGUAUUUAUUGCUUUGAUUUGAGUUUUGACAUUUACUCAUUCGGUUUAAGUGUUUAUGUGUAUGUGAGUGUGGUCCGGCCCUGCUGAGACGAUAAGCUUUAAUGGGACUUUUCCUGCUGUAUCAAGCCCAGCCCAGUGCAGGGUGGGAAGCUGAAGUCCCAGUCCUGGUCCAGGUGUCUGAGACCUGGAACAGAUUAGUGCCAGGGGUGCUGGUAUGAUCGCGCAGCUCAGGUUGUCCAGGCCUCUCUGUGUGUCUCGGUACUGCAGUGGGACUACAGUCAAAGAGGAGAUAUCUGAUUACUGUGUGUGUGUGUGUGUGUGUGUGUGUGCGUGUGCGUGUAAGUGUGUGAGUGAGAGAGAGAAUAUAAAACCAGUUGCUUCAGUGUAGCAACAGAGUAGCAAAGUGGGUGGAGAAGUGGGCUCUGGAAGUAUUUAACCCCCGUAACAAAUGUUCUUUUUAAAGACACUCAGUGUUUCCCAACCUGAGUGUGAGACGUCACAUGUGAUUGACUGUUUAUUAUUAUUAUUUUUUUUUUUUAAAUUUAUUUUUACUUUUUACUUGUGAAAGUUUUAAAACGUUCACCUCUUCAGCACUCAAAAAAAUUGUCCUUGAAGUGCUUGAAUUGCUCACAACUCUUGAGCAAUUCAACUUUUUUAAUGCAUUGAUGUGAUGUGAUGUGUUUCAAGAAGUCAUUAAAUCAAAGACAACAUUAUUUUUCAACAAGAGAAAAAAGUUAGCAAUCUUAAUCCUUACUUGGGAAAAAUCAUCCCAAAGUCAGUUUUGUUUUUUUUUUGUUAGAUGCCUGUAACAAGGUCUGUGAUUUACACAAGCUAAAGAUACUUUAACAUUUUGUUCUACGACAUUAAAAAUGUCAGUAAAUUCCCAAAUGUUUAAGCUUCUUUGUGUCUUAAAAAAGGCAGUUUUUAACAAGUGGCUAAAUGAGACAACAGAACGACGGACACAGCUUCACAGCCUCGUUGUGGUUGUAACGUUGGCAGUCAUGUGACCAUGGUGUAGUUUGUUCAUAGUCUUAUAUUAGCUUUUUAUUUCGGACGAUUGCAUUUAAGCUCCAAAAGUCACAAAAAUUGUGUUAAUUUGUGAAGAUUAUCUUGCUAAACACAACGUGCAAGUUUCAUAAAGGUUUGUUUGCCACAGCUUAUUUUCUGCCAUAUUCCAAAAUCCAAUGGAAACAUCCGAUCUGGAUUUUUGAUGAGGGAACCAGGGCGAUGUUAACUUUCAUCUGUGCAGCACUCUACUACCAGUCUUUCAUGCAGAAUGUCUCUGAAUACUACAGUAGCCAUGAGCCUCUGUGGCUAUUGCUAUGGGGAAAAGGCCAGCCUGCUGUAGAAAAUAUAAAACACUUUACUGUCAUUGGGAACAAAACAGCACAUCAUUCAUCCAAAAAUGACUCAUUAAACACAAUUUUAAACUCUGAUUGGAUGUGUCUCACUGCAGUGCUCCCUGGGAGUUGCAGUUUUAAGUUUGUACAUACCUUGUCUUGACUUUUUCUACCAGCAGGGUUUCAUGUUCACCUUCACCUUGAACAUGUCAGUUACCGAACAUUAUCCAUAAAAAUUAAAUGGGACUUUUGCUUUCUUAACACUGCCUGCCCCAACUUCUCACACUUUGCUACUCUUUGAUGAAGCUCUCUGUAAAAUGCAGGGGAUUGUGGGAGUUGAGGUUCCCUGUGAAUGUCGAACUACAGCCAGCCCCCAAAAAUCUUCAGUCCGAUAUCUGUAUGCAAAUCAAAUGUGACCCAAAGUGACUUUCUGACCUUGAAUCAGUUCAGGUUGGUUUAUUUGAAAGUAGCAGAUGUGAAAUAAUGUUAUCAAAUUUCAGGCAUUUCAGGGUUUUGUUUCCUGCUCAUAUGAAGCUAUACUUAAUUGUAUUGUACAUUUUUGGAUUGGUUUUCAGUUCUAUAAGAAAAAUGUUUCAGAUGUCCCCAGCCCUUCACAUAGUUUGACUGACAGCUAGCGUCUGGGAUGAUCACAUUUUCAGUCCACCGAACGAUUGACUGACUGUAUGAAUGAUUAAAUAAAUGAAUGAGCUCUUGUUUCACUGUGUGUGUGUGUGUGUGUGUGUGUGUUUGAGAAAGAGAGACUGAGAGUUAAAUCAAGACUGACAGGACAGACAUGUCCUGACAUGAAACUGUAAAAACCUUCAGCUCUGAACCUGCCUGAGCUGACGCUGUGAGUGAAAAGUGUGUUUCAUCUGCAAUAAAUAUUUAACGUCAAA